GUAUUUCCAAUGGACUUAUUUUUAUAAUUCGUACGGUUAUAUUAUAAAAUCGUUUGAACUUCUCACUAUACAAUUAAUAUAUGUUUCACUAAACUACUACUUACGAAAUGGUUGAUGUACAAAUUGGGCGAAGAAAUGCCUGCAUUGUUGUACUUGGCGACAUCGGACGCAGUCCACGCAUGCAAUACCACGCAGUUAGUUUGAUCGAAGAAAAUUAUAACGUUGACUUUAUUGGCUAUGUUGAAACAAAACCGCUGGACGCCCUAACUAACGCACACCACAAAUGCAAAAUACAUGAAUUAUCACCAGUGCCUGUUACAAACCUCACACCUAAACUGAAGUUAAUUUUCAAAACAUUCUGGCAGACUUUAAGUUUGCUCAUGGCGCUAGUUUCUAUUCGUCGUUCAAACUUUUUACUUGUGCAAAAUCCACCAGGUGUUCCAACCUUAAUAGUUUGCUACCUUUAUUGUGCAUUUACUAGAACAAAAUUUAUCAUUGACUGGCAUAAUUACACGUACACUAUUUUAGCUUUGGGCACCGCCAGCGGUGAAAAGAGUUAUUUUUGCCGUUUAGCUAAAUGGAUAGAGCGAUCAUUCGGGGGCAAAGCAAAUGCACAUUUUUGUGUUACCAAAGCUAUGCAAGAGGAUCUGUUGCUAAAUUGGAAUAUUGGUCCAGCAGUUGUUCUAUAUGAUAGACCGCCAACACAAUUUCAUCCAAUUGAAUUGGCCCAAAAGCACGAACUCUUUAUGAAAUUGUCCAAAGAAUAUCCACAAUUUCUACCAAAAUGUUACGCAGAUCUAAAAGAAUCGGGAGUUAUUGAGACAACAGCUUUAACACAAAAACUAAUUAAUGGGAAUGUUUCUUAUAAACCACAACGAAUAGCUAUUGUUGUAUCGAGCACUAGUUGGACGCCAGAUGAAGACUUUGGGAUACUCCUUAAAGCAUUAGAAGAUUAUGAAAGCACUGCCUCUGUGCGCCCAAACAAUUUCCCGCACAUUUUAUGCAUUAUAUCCGGCAAAGGACCACAGAAAGAAGAAUAUGAAUGCAUAAUUUCUAAACUUAAGUGGUCUAAAGUUUCAAUAAUAACACCUUGGUUGGACGUGGAAGACUACCCUCUCAUUUUAGCUUCUGCUGAUUUGGGGGUAUGUUUACACUAUAGCAGCAGUGGCUUAGACUUACCUAUGAAAGUUGUUGAUAUGUUCGGUUGCGGGCUGCCAGUUUGUGCUUAUAAUUUCAAUUGCCUUGGCGAAUUGGUAACCCACGGACAGAACGGAUUCAUUUUCGAUAAUCACAAAGACCUAGCCGACCAACUAAAAUUUUGGUUUGAAAACUUUCCUAGUAAUCCAAGUUUACUAGAAUCGAAAGAACGCUUUCGUAAAAAUUUGCACGAAUUCCAAGCAUUGCGUUGGCACGAAAACUGGAGAAAUAACGCCCUACCUAUAUUUAAUUCUUACACUUAAUGUAAUUUUUUAAUACCACACAUAAUAUAGUAAGUAUGUUAGUAUUUUGCUAUAUUAUUUAUUAAUGUAAUUAUUAUCAUUUUGUUUUUGUUUUACAUACGCUUUGUAAUUUUAAGAUUCGAUUUGUGAAAUAAAAAUAUUUUAAUACAUUGUA